AUGGCUGAGAAAACAGAAGAAGAAAUCAUGGCAGCCGAUACAGGGACAGAGACCGAGGUGUCGAAAGCGGAUGAGGAAACAGAUAUUACGCUGGUUGAAAAUGUGACUGUAGGACCGGUGGUCAAAGCCGAUUCUUUUACAGAUGAUAGACAUAUCAAUCUAACAUGGAGGUCUUGGAUGGUUGUCUUUGUAACGUGUUUUGCCGUUAUGGCUCAAGUAUACGUUGUCGUUGCUGCUGGGUCUGUAAUCGGGUUUAUCAUUCGAGAUCUCGGCGAUGCAGAGAUUGCAGGCUGGAUCAUCCAGGGCCCCCUCUUGAUACAAAGCGUGCUGUCACCCAUCGUCGGCCGUCUCUCAGACGUUGUGGACAGGAAAUAUCUAGCUAUCAUUCCUACCGCCAUCUCAGUCGUCGGUUCAAUCGUGUCGGCGAAGGCUAACAGCAUGUCUGUACUUAUCGGUGCCGGCAUCCUGGUCGGCUCUACUCUCUCCACCGUUUCAAUUGUGCAAGCCAUCCCCGUUGAAGUCUUGCCAUUGAAAUACAGGGCCCUUGCAAAUGGAUUUGCAUUUGUGGGCGGGGCUCUUGGCGGAACAAUCGGAAGCCUUGGUGGAGGCGCCGCGACUAAUACUUCAGUGUCCGGCUGGAGAAUUAUUUACUGGAUUCAAGCCGGUUUCUUCGCGCUUACAAUCAUCGGCUUGCUGGUAUUCUAUCAUCCAAAACGAGAGUCGGCUUCUCCAAGAAUGUCGUUGAAGCAGGUAGCUUGGGCGUGUGACCCAAUCGGUUCCUUCCUAUUCAUCAGCGGUGCUACUAUAGCUCUCGUUGCACUUGACUGGGCUGGUGGAGUGUAUCCAUGGCAUGAUAAGCAUGUUGUAGCUCCUCUGGUGAUUGGGAUUGUUACUCUGCUCGCUUUUGCUGUUUAUGAAUGGAAGGGCCGAGAUGACGGACUCAUUGCCCACGUAUUCUUCAAAAGCGGACCGAACUUUGCUCUUUCAGUCUCCGCAUUCUUUGUUGAAGGGUGGAUUUUCUAUAGCGCUGUGAAUAGUAUCACGCCAUUAGUAGUUCUAAACCUAGGCUUCGAGACAUCUUCAUGGCGGAUUUCAGUCCGCCAGCUCUCGUUCCAACUAGUGAACCUUAUGCUUUCGGUUCCCAUUUCGCUUUAUUCGACGUGGAAGAAGGACCUCAAAUCUCCCCUCAUAGUCUCCUUUACUUUCUUCUUGAUCGUUACUAUCUGCUAUGCUUGCAUCCAACCCUCGAUGAACCACGCUCAAAUCGCAUUCAACGUCCUAGCUGGACUCGGCCAAUCCGGUCCCCUCACACUUCUCGUAGCACUCAUCCAGUUUACCGCACCUCACGCCUACCUAUCCACAGCCACCGGCCUCGCAUUCUCAGCCCGAGCUCUGGGCGGCGCCUUCGGCUCGGCAGUUCUGAACACGAUCAUCAACAGUAAGAUAUCAUCCUCGUGGGCUCCUGCAGUUUCAUCCGCAGCGACCAAGGCUGGACUUCCAGGUUCUUCAGUCCCUGCCCUGCUUAAGGCACUUGGAGCGGGCGAGGGGUUUUCAGAGAUCCCUGGUAUCAGUCCAGUGAGUCUUGAAGCCGCGACGCAUGCAAGUCAUGUAGUAUAUGCUGCAGCGUAUAGAUUGGCUUGGUCGAGCAUCAUUCCUUUCGUGGUGCUUUCAUUGGUUGCUAUUUUGUUCUUGAAGGGUGUGAAGGAGUUGAUGACGGAGCAUGUUGAGGCAACGGUUGAGCGGGAAGAACCACGCGAUAAGAGCAGUGUGUAG